AUGGAAUUGGUGCGAUGCAAUUCUUGGAAGCAUUCCGAUAUAAAAUGGCUCAAAGCAACAAUAAAGAUUCAGGAAUUGAAGAAAAUAAAGCUCUUGCAAGGUGGGAAUCUCAUCAAGAUGAAGUUGAUUAUCUUAUUAGCAGAAAAACAACAAAAAGUAUUUUCGAUGAUGUGGAAAAUUAUUAAUUCAAAUGGAAUUAUUCGAGUCUAUGGAUUUACAAAAGAUCCAGAUACUUCAAAUUAUAUGUUAAUAAUGCAAUAUGCAAAUAGAGGUAACUUAAGAGGGUGCCUGAUAGAAAUAGCGAAUAAUUGGCAACAAAAAUUAUAUACGUUGCAUAAAAUUGUUAUGGGUCUUAAUACUAUUCAUAAAAAUGGUCUUAUUCAUUAUAACUUUCAUGAUGGUAAUAUUUUAUGUGAAUAUAAUGGAUCUAAAUAUGAAAUUUAUAUUAGUGAUUAUUUAGGAUCAUAUCAACUUGCAAAAUCUUUUUUAAAAAAAGAUUAUAUUUAUGGUAUUAUACCAUUUAUGGCACCUGAAGUUUUAAGAGGCAAACCUUAUUCUCAAGCUAGUGAUAUAUUUAGUUUUUCUAUAAUUAUGUGGGAAUUUACAUCUGGAAUUUUACCAUUUAAUGAUAAAGCACACGAUUUUCAACUUGCUUUAAGUAUUUGUAAAGGUGAACGACCUGAAAUUAUUGAAAAUACUCCACAAUGUUAUGUAGAUUUGAUGAAAAAAUGUUGGGAUGAGGAUCCAUCAAAAAGACCAUCUGCAUCAUAUAUUUUAAAUAUUAUUAAAAAAUGGAUUACCCGUUCUGUAGUUAUUAAUGAAGAGUUAAAAAGCAAUAUUAUGGAAUUUACAAAUGCACCAAUUAAGCAUAAUAAUCAAAUUGUAGAAUCUCAUCCACAAGUAUGUUAUACGAGUCAUUUACUUGAUUUUACUAGUGAAGAAUUAAAUGAAAGUCUAGAAGGAUUUAAAGGAUUGAAAUUUCUUGAGUUGAAACAAAAAGAUGAUGAUGCUGAGCAGGAACUUCCUAAAUUAGAAGUGAUUGCUGAAACUAAUUAUCAAAAAAAAGAAGCUAAACAAAAAGAGUUAGAUGAGCUCCAACAAGAAUUAUCAAGAACUUCAGCUUCUUAUGAUGCUAAUAGGAAAAAAAAGGUUCUUAAUCAAGUUAAUAAAUUUCUGAAAGCCAAGGGUGGCUUUCUAACUUUACGAGAAGAAGCAAUUAAAAAAUUGCAAAAUUGUCUAGAAAGCUUUAUUAAUAAAGAAGGAAAUACUAUUGGCUCUACCAGAGAUUUGAAAACCUCUAACUUGGCUGACAAAUACACUAAAGAAUUUCAAUAUAUUCUUGUAAAAUAUAAUGAUGGAUUAUUAGAGUUGAACAAAAAUUAUUAUUCGUUAGAGAAUAUUGUUCAAGAAAAUAAAGAGUUGGAAGUUAGUCUUAUGAUUGAAAAUAUUCUUAAGUUGUAUUCUUUUAAUCUUGAUAAAUACAAAAUUUUUAAAUUUGCUACUAAUUCUCAGGAAGGAACUAGAAUUCAAUUAAAUUCUAAUAUGAUGGCUGAAGAUAUAAAUUCAUUAAGAAAGAAUUUGAAUGAAUUGAAAUUAGAAUUAGAACAAGAAAAAAAAGAAUUAAGAAAUUUAGCAGCAGAUUAG